UUGGUUUAGCACGACACAUCAUGCCUCGCGCACCAAGGAAUCACUCAAAAACCUAUAAGGUGCCAAAGAGGCCUUUCGAGGCGGCUCGUAUCGAUGCCGAGCUCAAGCUCGCUGGAGAAUUCGGUCUCCGCAACAAGCGCGAGAUCUGGCGUAUUGGCCUGACACUGUCCAAGAUUCGUCGUGCUGCACGUGAGCUGCUCAAGCUUGACGACAAGGACCCGAAGCGGUUGUUCGAGGGCAACGCGCUCAUCCGCCGGCUCGUGCGCAUCGGUGUGCUCGACGAGACUCGCAUGCGUCUUGAUUACGUGCUUGCGCUGAAGGUUGAGGACUUCUUGGAGCGCAGGCUCCAGACGCAGGUGUUCAAGAGCGGUCUUGCAAAGAGUAUCCAUCAUGCUCGUGUUCUGAUCAGGCAGAGGCACAUUCGCGUCGGUCGUCAACUAGUCAAUAUUCCUUCUUUCGUCGUGCGCCUGGACAGCCAGAAGCACAUCGACUUUGCCCUCAACUCGCCCUACGGUGGUGGCCGUCCCGGCCGUGUUAAGAGGAAGCGUGCUGCUGCUGCUGCUAGCAAGGAGGCUGGUGGUGAUGGCGAGGAGGAAGAGGAGUAGAUCCGCAUUUUUAGUGGCUGAUGUGGAGCCUGGAUGUAGGCAUUUACGCUCUCGAGCUACGGGGAGUGCAUCGUAUGAUGUUAUGUGGUCGUACAUGCGCAAAAUGAUAUGGCUAUGGUUCAUGGCUGC